GGAGCGAAGCGAAGCGGAUUUGGUUGGAGCGCAAGCGAGAGCGGAGGUGACGCAGCCCGGUGCGGUGAAUGCACAAAGUAAAUGUAUAGAAAAUGUAACUAUGUCGGUUGUACGGGCUGACGCUUGCUCUUGGGAUAGCAUAGCUUUCACCGCCACGUCGCUUGUCGCUCCGCGUAUCGCUCAUAGCUUGGCGAUAGUACUAAUAAAGCCGUGUUUCACGCGAAAUCGUGAAUAUCUCUAUAUUUUCAUUUGUUUUUACGAUUUUAAGAAAUGAUGAAUCCGCAUCCACAUCCACCACCACUACAACAUCCCCAAAUUCAGCAAAUUCCACAUCAUCAGCAAGUUUUACCACCUCCACCACAACAACAAGUACCUCAACAACAAGUACCACAACAACAAAUACCACAACAACAAAUACAACAACAGCAGCCAAAUCGAGGUUACUCUCUCAUGAUGGCAUUGGUUAAAAACAGUAAAUACUUCGAUUCUGAACGAUUGCAGGCUAUGCAAGAUACUCCAGGCUUACCCAAGCUGAAAAGAUCUAGGAAAAAAAUACGUGAUACGUCAACUUGGGAAAUAAAUAAAGUGAAGAAAGCUAGAGAACAAGGUAAGCCUUAUUUGACCCAGAAACGAAUAAAAGGCGUAAAAGUAGGUUAUGAAGAAAGAAAGAAGAGGGUCAUGGGCCCAGCAUGCAUGUCGCGCGUGUGCCACAAAAGCUCAAAGAGAAAAUGUGACCAAUUAGAUGAUGUAUCCCGACAGGAAUGCUUUGACAGCUUUUGGUCUGAAAUGACUUGGGCCCAAAGAAAAGCAUACAUUAGUGCUUUAGUAAACAUUUAUUAUACAAGAACUACAACUGUACCAAAUGGCGAGUCUCGGAGACACAGAACUAUUAAAUAUUCACUGAAGAUAAACAAUCAACACUGGCCAGUUUGCAAAAAGAUGUUCUUAAACACUCUCGGUCUUGGGGAAAAAACAGUUUUGGGCUGGAUCGAGAAAGCCAAUGAACAUGGUGUUGUUUCAACGCCAGUUCGAAAAAAUAACAAAGAAAGAUACAAUAGAGAAAAGUUGAUACAUGUUGAAACAUAUUUAAAGAAUUUGCCCAAGCUGCCCUCACACUACUUUCAUGGUAAAUCUGAAAAGGAAUACCUUGACAUUAACUUCAAUUCAGGAAAAGAGGUAUAUUUAGGAUAUAAAAUGUAUUUGGCGAAAGAAGGAAUUAAGGAUAAAGAAAUAUCCUAUCCCUGUUUCCUGAGAAAAAUGAAUGCCUUGAAUAUUGCUCUGUUCUCACCUAAGAAGAAAGUUCCCCCAAACAAAAACAAUGCUAAACCCAUUUUCAGACAGGAACAAACGUAAAAGACAGAAACAUAGCUGUGCCCAGUUUGUGUGAAAAAGUUAUUAUGUUACAUUCUCAUCAAUAUACAUUCUGCUUUGUUGGCAUGUUAAUGUGAUAUUGGUUAAAUGUGUGAUCAAUUUGGACCAUGGAAGGAAGUGAUAAAAAAUCUUUCACAUGUAGUCAGUAUAUGAAAUAUCUGAAUAUAAAAUGAUAGUCUCACAUCCACAUAGGGGUGGAUUCUUAUCAGAGACAAUUUAGGCAACUAUCUAAGCUUGCCACCUUACUGGACAGGAGGUGUUGGACUUUAUUUGCCUUUGAAUAGAAGCAUACUAUUUACCUAAAAUCAGUUCUAGUAAUGUAUACUACAAGUUUAUAGCUCUCUUGCAAGCAUGAAAAUCAUUAUUAUAUUUCUCAAUGCUAAUACAUACUCAGUGUUGGCCAAAGAUUAAUUAGAAUUAACCAUUAACCAUUACAAAUUGAACUGUAAGUGUAAACUGUAUGUUAUGGUUUACGGUUCAAUUUGUUAUGGUUAGUAGUCAAUUCAAAUUAACAUUCGCCCGACACUGCAUUCACUACUGUUUCUGUGGCAGUCUAAACUUUCAAGUUAUAAUAUCACAUUAAUAUAAUAAUUAGAAUGUUAUUUGAAAGGUGGUAAUUAUGAUAGGGAAAUCCUUGUGGUAGCUAUAUAUAUGCUAUGUACCCAGGCAUACAUGUAGUCAUCCAAAUUCUAAUGUAUCACAAGCAAGUUAUUUGUAUAUAGUUUGGCUGGUUCAAUUUAUUGGUAACAGUAUGAAUCUCGCUUUUUCUCCAGGGACAAACACAUGGCUAAACUGUAGGAACUUGUAGCAUGGGUUUGAAGUGUAUGUCACUGUUUUAGUUUGGAUGACAAUAUCAUAUGAAAUGUAUGUUACAUUACGAGUAGAUUUUACCCAAUUAUGACCAUCUUACUUCAACAUUUAUCGCCCAAUUUAGCCCUUAUGGGGCAUCCAUUGAUAACGUCAUAAUUUCUAGGUUUUUUAACAUUUGGCAAGUGUGAUGCAAUUUUUUUUCAACGAAAUCAGGAAAUUGAAUUAGGCAUUAUUAAUAAUUUUAUCAAACUAUUUUUGAUGAAACAAAUAUUACUAAUUUAUUAAACAAAACCGAUUAGGAAAGAAAAUUAAACGAAUAAAAUAAUUAUUGUUCCAAAAACUCGUUAUUUAACUGUACAGUGUACAAAAAAAUCACUGAUGAAGUUAAAGUGACGUCACAAAGUUUGUGACGCCCUCCCCCUUGUCACAAUCACAACAUGUCCCGUUUUCUUAACCUCUUCCGACCCCUUAAACGUGUGAUGUAAUUAAUGGAUGACUCCUUAUAGUAGUUUAUGCUUGAUAGGUAUUGAAAUAGAUUUUAAGAUUAUUUAUUGUUCAAAAAUAAGUAUUUAGAACCUUUACUUAUAACUCUUAUAAGACAAAAGAAAACGUUUUCCUAUACUGCCAUAGGAUUUAUUUUUACUCUAUGUAAAUGUUAAAAACAUUUGAAAAAAUAUUGGGAUCUAUGAUUUCAACUAUUUUAUAUUUUAAUGUAGGUAUACUUGCCGAAAAUGAUUUGUGUUGUUAUGUUUUAUUAUUUUAAAUUCUGAGACUGAUUAAAUUUCUAUUUUGACUUUUGAAAGUAUUUUUCUGUUUUAUGAUUCAGGUAUUCACCACUGUAUUCAUAAAAUAAAUGUAGGCAUACAAUUUAGAAUAAAGAUGAAAUUAGAAGAUUAAA